UCGCGUAACGGUAACAAAAGUUUACAUCGUCUUUCUUUUACUUGACUUAAGAAUUUAUUUUGAUAUAAAAGAUUUUGUAAAACAUGGCAGAAUUCCGGACACCUGUUAAGACAAAAUGUAGUCAUUUAAUUGACAGCAAUUUAUAUUCAAAUCCCAUUGAAAUUCCAGCUUCUCCAUUUUUACAACAAAUAGGGCACGGAACUGGGGUGGAUAUUCUUAAAUUUGAAAGAUCUCCAUCAGUUGGUUUUGUGAAAUCACCAUGGGCAAUCAAAAAAAGAAAUAAAAAAUUUUGUGGAGGUAAAGACUAUGACAAUCGUUUAGAAUUUGAAGCAAAAUUAUUGAAGAAAUUAAAUCACCCAAAUAUUGUGGGUUUUAGAGCAUUUACAUUAUCCUCCAAAGGUGAUCCAUGUCUUGCCAUGGAACAACUGGACAUUUCUCUGGGAGAUUUAAUUGAAAGUAAAGUUGACAAAGGAGAUAACAUUUUUCCUGCUAAAGAUAUUUUAUAUGUAGCUUAUGAAAUGGCAAAGGGCUUAGAUUAUCUACAUAAUACUAUGCAUAUUUUACAUGGAGAUAUGAAGAGUUUUAACGUUUUAGUUUCAAAUGAUUUAAAAAAAGUGAAACUUUGUGACUUUGGAGUUUCUGUUCCACUGACAGAAACUUUAGAAUUGAAAGAUACAAAAUUUAGAUACGUUGGAACUGAAUGUUGGAGUGCACCAGAAGUAUUAGAGACUGGUCCUAUAACAGAUAAAUGUGAUAUAUGGUCAUAUGGUCUCAUCUUAUGGGAAAUGAUCGCCUUGUCUCCACCUCACGUUUAUUAUGAUCCAAAUGAAUUGCAAAAUAACACUGAGGAUGAAGAAUCUUUAUCUUUAAAAGUUGAAAGUGAUAUUGAAGAUCAAAGUCUCGAUGAUAGUUCGUCAUUUUUUUUCAAGAUGGAAAAAAAAUUUGGCACACGUCCGCCAUUACCUGCAAUUAAUCUAGGUGUAGAAUAUGAAAAUGUAUUAGACAUAUUUUAUACGUGCACUUGCAAUGAUUACAAACUGAGACCAAGUGCAAAAGGUUUACUUAAUUAUUUUUCAGUAUGUAAACUUAUUAAAGUGUAAAAUGAUGUCUUCAAUUGACUUUUUGUACAAAGAACAUAACUUCAAUCAUAUAAGAAUGUUUUGUGAAUAUUUUGUUUACGAAUAGAAUAACAUAUAAGUUAAAUUUUAAAAAAGAAAUUAA